UUGAACCUAUACCAGUGUGUCUGCCUGGAGAGAUACUGGCUGUGGAUGUGAACACCACUAAUCACUGCUGUCCACAGUAUCAUUGUGUGUGUGAUAUGAGUCUGUGUCCUGAGCCCAGUGUGAGUUGUGCUCCUGGAGCUGUGUUGGUGCAGAGACCCGUGCCGGACAGCUGCUGCCCAGAGACACACUGUGAAUGUCAGUGUCACAACGUUACACUUCCUGUCUGCACUGCGGGUGAAGUGAGAGUGGAGGAACCAGACCCCGACGGCCCGUGCGGAUGCCCACUGUAUCACUGCAAGAAGGCAGACGUCUGUCUGUUUCAGGGUGUGACGAUAUUGAACCCGGGCCAGUCUAUGGUGCAAUACUUUGAGAGGGAGCUGUGUUACAUUGUUCAGUGCCUCACACAUAAAGACCCCAGCACUGGGUUCUAUGCCAUGGAGGUCACCACUGCCAACUGCUCUGAGAAGUGUGAACCUCAUCAGGUUUAUGUCCCAUCAUCUGAUCCACAUGUGUGCUGUGGCUCCUGCAAAAACAUCUCAUGCUCAUAUCCCAGUGAAAACGGGACUACAGAAGUAUUUAUGGCAGGAAGCUCAUGGGUGGCUAACUGCACACGCUUUGACUGUAUGGAGACUGCGGUAGGCGCAGUAGUUCUGGCCUCUGGAGUAGUCUGUCCUCCUUUCAAUGACACAGAAUGUAUUCAGAAUGGAGGAGUAGUUCAGACGUAUGUGGACGGUUGCUGUAAGACAUGUGCUGGACUUGGUUUGUUGCCUUUUUCCGUUAGUCCAGUAACACCCACUGCUAGUACUAACUGUGAUACAGGCAAAGAAGAUGGUAAAACCUGUAAGAGAGUCGCCAUCAGGACCACCAUCAGAAAAGAUGACUGUAGAAGUAACGCACCUGUGACUGUGUACUCAUGUGAUGGAAAAUGUCCAUCUGCCACCAUCUUCAACUUUAACAUUAACAGUCAUGCACGUUUCUGCAAGUGCUGCCGUGAGAACGGCCUCCAAAACCGUAUCAUUCAGCUGUACUGCACUCGAAAUGCCACUACGGUGGACUAUUACUACCAGGAGCCGAUGGACUGCUCAUGCCAGUGGAACUGAUUCCUUGUGGACUGUGUGCAGUAAAGUUAAGAUCUCAGUGAGAGCACUAGCUUGACACAGACAGGCCCGACUUCGACUGCAUAUACAGUACAGUAUCUGUAAAACCGCAAACUACUAACACCAUCGCUGUAUCUGUUUGAUAUCUGUAAUUUAUCUGCAAGUACAGUAGGUUAAUCAAACAUUUAUUCAAAUAAGAACAACAAACUGCUGUUAAAUUGGUGUAUUGUUUAGAUUUUAGUAUUAACGUUUGUUAAAUGAUGAAAUGACACGGGGAAGAGUAUUAUUAGAAUCAAUAUUUAGUAUUUAACAUUUUAAAUACAUUUUAAAAUCUUAACUUUUAACCAGAUGCUUUAUUUAAAUGGCAACUUUGUGCUUUUUCUAACAAACAAUGCAUUUCUUAUUAUUUUUUCUUAAUUACAGAGAAAAUAAACAAGCCAGUCUCAAGCCCCGAUCACAUCAUGAUAAAGAUAUCUAUAACGAUAACUAUAAUAGCGUCCACACCAACACACAUUUCAACAUUGUUUAUUAUAAGCACGCUUUGCAUUUUUGUCAUCUGCCAUCUAAAUGCUAAAGCUCUUCAAAACAGCAUGGAGUCUGACUGGCUGUCAAUCAAUGUUUUUAUCGUUCAUCAUUCUGCAACGAUGUUAUUUCUCUGUGCCGUUAGCGUUAUAGCUGUGGUGCGGAUUGUAGAACAAUUUUAUCGUUACAGUUUUCGUCCUUUGUGUAAACAGGCCUUUAAGUAGGAAUUUGAUAUUUAAAGAGAAAUUCCACACAGUUACUUGACAGGCGCAUCCAUCACUCACUAGUUGUGUUGGCACUUUUAGUGUGCUCUGUCUGUGUCUAAGCUGUCUGUAAAAAACAUGACGUGAUGAACUUGAAUUUCCAUACUAUAGCCAUAAUGCCAAAAAUAUGAUUUCUGCUGCAAGUGAACUGAAUUGUAUAAGCUUAGCAUAUAGUAAACUACCUAUAAACCUGCA